GAGGCGCGCACCUUAUUCGCUCAGUCGAGUCCUGUCUCUUGUACAUGCAUGGUGAAGUCUUGCCAAGCCAUACCUGCGGUGCAGAAACCCGCCCAACUUCUGAAUAACGGCGACAAGAAAAGAUGACCUCCAGUCGUCCAGGCAAAUGCAAAAUAUGUGGUUAAUAGCUUAAUGUGGAAGAGCAUCAGACAAUACUAAUACUAAAAUAAUAAUUACGAUACUUAUACUUAUUCAGGGUUAUGUCAAUGAAAUGUACUAUUAUUUUGAACCAUUUGUUCUAGAAAGAAAAGGGUACAUUCUAAAGGACAAUGUUACUCACUAAAACGUCAUCGUUGAAAUGGAUACGCGCGUUAUUUGCUAUGUGGCUGCAUCUGACCGUGUGGGAAACGAUGGAGGCUAUCCAUCCAGACUGUGCCCUGGUCUCUCAUCACAUGAAGUCCCAGGAGAGCUGUAUCCACACACGCAGACAGGAAGGCCGGAACCGCUCUGCCAGGACAGGGUGUCGUACAGAGUGGGAUGAGAUCAGAUGCUGGUCACGGGCUGAGGUGGGCCAGAUUGUCAACGUCUCCUGCUCAGACGUCUCCCAGCUCUUCGCCAACAAAGGCUACAUCUUCAGGAACUGUACGAAGGCUGGCUGGACAGAGCUGUACCCUACAUAUGAGGAGGCCUGUGAGUUCGCAGAUGAGUCAGAGACAGGAUCAGAGACAACAUACUUCUACACCAUCAGUCAGGUGUACACCGUUGGAUAUGCCACCUCCCUCGUCUCCCUCAUAUCAGCCAUCUUUGUCUUCACUGUGUUCAGGAAGUUCCACUGUACCAGGAACUACAUCCACAUCAACCUAUUUUCCUCAUUCAUCCUGAGAGCCAGUGCCGUUUUCAUCAAGGACGGAGUUCUGUUCGCCGAUGAGAACCUGGACCACUGCUUCAUGUCCACCAUGGCGUGUAAGUCAGCGGUGGCCUUCUUCCAGUUUAGCAUCCUGGCUAACUACUUCUGGCUGCUGGUAGAGGGCAUGUACCUCCAGACCCUCCUGGCCCUCACCUUCGUCUCACACAAGAAGUACUUCUGGUGGUACACACUCAUCGGCUGGGGUCUCCCAACUACAAUACUGUUGGUGUGGGUUCUGACACGCAACUUCUAUGAUAACCGAGGUUGCUGGGACGACACUGAUGUGGCCUUCAUCUGGUGGAUCAUCAAAGGGCCAAUAACAGCAUCACUACUGGUCAACUUCAUCAUCUUCAUCAAUGUGAUCCGUAUUCUGGUACAGAAGCUCAAAUCUCCAGGCGUGGGGGGCCAUGACACUGGCCACUUCAUGAGGCUGGCUAAAUCCACUCUGUUCCUGAUCCCUCUGUUUGGGAUGCACUACAUGGUGUUUGCCUUCCUACCAGAGAACACAGGAGAGGAGGCCCGUAUCUUCAUAGAGCUGGGCCUGGGAUCCUUUCAGGGCUUUGUGGUGGCUCUGCUCUACUGUUUCCUAAAUGGAGAAGUGCAGGCAGAGCUGAAGAAGCAUCUAUGGAAGUGGCAGAUCCAGGGUUAUCUGCGCUAUAGUAGGAGAAGACGUACCCUCUUCACAGAGAGCUCCACUGUCACACAGAUCUCUGUUCUGGAGAAGUCCUCCCCCAAGGAGCUGCCCUGCAUCAGCGACACACACAUACUCACACACAUCGACAAACACACACUCACACACACUUCUGUCCCGAGCUGUACUGACACACAAACACUCACACACACUGACACACAAACACUCACACACAGCUCUGUCUCAAUCUGUGACGACACAAACACUCUAACACACAACACCGACUCACUCACACACAACUCAACAGUCUGAGAGAACAAAAAAUCCCGCUAUCUCUCUCUCUUCCCAAUCCUCCCUCUUCUUUUCUUCCUCCCCUCUCUCAAGGAUAGACUACACAUUGACUCUGCAGUGCCCAAAUCUCAGAUAGGCCUCUCAGUCUAGAGAGAUCUAAAUGUUGUUACAUAGACUGAGCUGUCUGUUGUGUUGACUCACUGGCUUGGCUGUGUGGCUCCAUAGACUGAGCUGUCUGUUGUGUUGACUCACUGGCUUGGCUGUGUGGUUCCAUAGACUGAGCUGUCUGUUGUGUUGACUCACUGGCUUGGCUGUGUGGCUCCAUAGACUGAGCUGUCUGUUGUGUUGACUCACUGGCUUGGCUGUGUGGCUCCAUAGACUGAGCUGUCUGUUGUGUUGACUCACUGGCUUGGCUGUGUGGCUCCAUAGACUGAGCUGUCUGUUGUGUUGACUCACUGGCUUGGCUGUGUGGCUCCAUAGACUGAGGAAGAGUAAUACAAAAAAAAGCAAAUUAUCGCAAUGGCCACAGAUUGACAAGAUUGCCAAAUGAAGCUAACUUUAUAGUGUCUACAAUAUACUGUAUCUUCCAUAGUACAAGUAAAUACACAGCCUUGUCUGUCAGGGCUUUCUAAAUGGACUGUGCUGUGUUUGGGUGGGUUGCUGCUAUUGUUGCCAGACAUGGACUUGCUGGCUGUGUGGUCUGGACACUAGACACUAGUGGACUCUAGUGGAUGCUAGUGGACUCCAGUGGACUGCGCUUGUGUCCAUAGUAGAAAUGGACUGGCCCCGGUGUGUUAGAAAUGCAGAGUAGUGAUAAAUUGAACAUAUUGAUUGAGAGGAAGAGGUUCAACUGACCUCUCUCCCCUUAUCAACCUGAAGGAAAAGGUUCAACUGACCUCUCUCCCCUCAUCAACCUGAAGGAAGAGGUUCAACUGACC